UCGCCCAGUCCAUCAGCACUCCUUUGCUUCCAUGUACAAUCAAACUAAAGCGUCUGACCGUCGUCGUACCUGGUGCCGCCGUCGUAUUUUCAUCUCAAUACAGCUGGUCUCCUCAACCUAGCCGAAGAUGGUAAUUUCGGUUUCUGGCAGAAUCCAAGUCCGGGCGAGAACGGACGACGCGCUUUUGUUGACAUCUUCAUGGCGCGUCGGAAAGCUCAAUAUCACUGCAAAUCUCUGGCAAUCGAUCGAGCUCGUUCUACAACUUGAAUCUUUUAUUGAUACUACAACAUUCAACAAUGGCUUCGAAAGUGCACGGGUAUUCUGCCUUGACGCCAACGAUGAAGUCAAGGAAGCGAAGUUCUCAGACAAGACAGCCCAAUUUUUCUGGCAGUGUCUUCGUGCUACGGCCGUGACGGGCCCUGGUGUAGACUGUGUCGUGAGACUUGUUGUGCCUCUACAGUCAGGGUACAUUGUGCGCUCAGACAUCAUUCCUCUGCGUCUGCAGGAUCUCGAAUGUGUCAAAACAGUGACAUCCUUUGCGGAUCCCCUACAGACCUUUGCAGGUGAGGGAGUCACUUGUUCGGAUUGUUCCAAUCUUGAACCUCUAUUCUCAGCGGCUGCAGCCGGGCUCAUCCUCAAUGUUUCCAGCACUGAUACUGAAUUGGAAUCUUCAACGAUUGACUUGGAGCUGGAGAAUAGGCUAUCAUUACCCUGGAUCCUCCCUGGGCCCGUACAACACAAAACACUGGUCCUAGUCGACGCGAACAGUGCAGAUCCUGCUAAAGGUGGAAAUGGAUCUGGACUCUACCUUGCAGCCCAAGCACUCGGCAUCAAACUGGUUGUGCUUGACAAUGCCAAUCACUGGCUCGAAGAGCCCCAGUAUGCUCACUGGCGUGAAGCUUUCAUCCCGACUCGAUUGACCAACCCGCCUGAGGGUGACCUGACCGAGAUCCUCCUCAAGUCCAUCAAGGCAUAUGGCAAGCCGAUCGAUGGCAUAAUCACUUUCGCGGAUUCCUAUUGGACCUACAUUGCCGAUGCUGCGAAACAACUUGGCAUUCCGACUGCUCCUAAAGAGGCGCUCAGGACUGCUACUAACAAGUAUCUGACGAGCAAAUACGUCGGUCACGAAGCUUAUCGUGCAUCUUGUCUAGACGAAGCUCUUGACAUCGCUAGCAAGAACGACCUUCCCUACCCACUCAUCGUCAAGCCUUGUGAUGGCUGGAGUUCGGAGGGAGUCUCUCGUGUAGAUUCUUUUGAUCAGCUCACUACAGCCAUAAAAGCUAUCGACGAGUCGCGCCAUGGAUCAGAAUUUGUCAUGGAGAAAUACUGCGCGGGUCCAGAGGUAGACGCGAACUUUGUGUUGCUGGAUGGCGAGGUCCUGUUCUUCGAGGUCUGCGACGACUUACCCAAAUCGGCCGAUACCAAUGGUCCUUCCUUGGGCUCUCUCAACAACUUCCACGAGCUCAACAGUGUAUAUCCCUCCGCUCUACCUACCGAAGAGAUUGAUCUACUCCGUAACAGUUUUCUGGAUACUUUGCUCAAAAUGGGCCUCAAGGACGGCAUCAUGCAUCUGGAGGGGCGGGUUGACCGCUCAUCGGUCGACUAUGAGAUGGAGAACGGUAUCCUCGACCUGCAUCCUCGCAAGUCCGCUGGUUCCGAGCCAGCAUCAGCUUGGUUGAUCGAGAUCAAUCCUCGUCCUCUUGGCAUGACCGGCUCUCAGAUCGUCGAGUCUACUUACGGUGUUGACUAUUGGGGACUCGCGUUGCUCAUCGCUGUUCAAGACAGAUCCCGCGUUCGCGCUCUCUCCCACCCGUUCAAAAACGGGCCUCAGUAUCACUGUAUCAUGGUCUUUAUCCCAGCCGAUUAUCCUUCUUCAUGCGAGGGUUUGUAUGACUCCGAAGAUCUCUGCGCCGAUCUCAUGUCUAGAAGAAAGGAUCUUGCCAGCCAUAUCAGUCGGUCUGGAUGCUUCGUCAAACGAGGUCAGAAGGUUCCACACCCGAGUACAGGUGUCCACAGCUUUCUGGCAUACUUCAAUGUGUUUUCAAGGAAAAGCAGGCAUGAGGCUCUGCAAUUGGCGAAGGAAGUGAGAGACGAGGUUCGUUAUAGUUUCAAGUAG